AGUUUUCGUUUCACUUUCACAACUGUGACAACACAUGGCACAAGACACAACAAAAUAGCACGUGGAUGAACUGUCUAUCUGUCACUCACCGAUGAAACAGUUUAAUCGAUGCGGCGUCUCGGAAGGACAAAUAGAACUCGCAGAAAGAAACGAACAAAUAAGCCCGUUAUUGACUGUUCUGAAGAAAUUGUCAGUUUGUCAAAAUGGAUGAAAAGAGAAUCGAAAUCUCAUGGUUUCAAAUGGAGGAGCAUGUUGUAUCCAGCGAAUUUUUUAGACACUGGGAGAGGAAUGAUGACAAGAGAGACCCUUCGUCCCGGGGACGUCAUCGUGUCUAUACCUCAACAUCUUCUCAUCACGCUAGAGACUGUCCUGUCUUCUAAUAUCGGGGACCUCAUCAAAAGACAGAAGCUGAAGCUUUCCAGCCAACAACUUCUUUCCCUUUUCCUCCUCAGUGAAAGGAAUAAGGGGGAUAACUCUUACUGGCACCCAUACAUAGAUACGCUUCCAAAGUCUCACACAACCGUAGGGUACUUCUCAGCAAGGGAGCUAACUCUGUUUCCACCGAAAUUGAGAAAAGCAGCAGAGUCCCGAAUCUCCGACAUAAAACAAGCAUACUGUGAAGUGAAAGAGUUCCACUCAGGGGAGACAAUACAGUAUGAGGACUUCUUGUGGGCGUGGUUCUGUGUGAAUUCUCGAUCAGUCUUUUACCGCUCAGCGAGGUCAGAGUUUGUGAGGGAGGAUGGAAAUCACCUGGCACUGGCUCCUUACCUUGAUCUACUGAACCACUCCACAGAGGCACAGGUAGAGGCUGGCUUCAAUGAGAAGACAGGAAGUUAUGAGAUUAGAACUCACAAUAACUACAGGAAGUAUAGCCAGGUGUUUAUUUCCUAUGGUAGUCAUGACAACGGCCACCUGCUGGUGGAGUAUGGAUUCACCCUCCCUGACAACCCCAAUGAUGCCCUCACUGUGGAUUAUGAUGUGGUGAUGGAAGCUGCCAAAUCUCUUAAUGUUAGUUAUACAGAGAAGAAACAGGAUGUCAUACAAACAAACAAUCUACACAGGAAGCUGGCCUGUACAGUAGAGGGCCUGUCGUGGAACCUUCUGAUGAUAAUACAGAUUCUGGCCAUGGACUGGACCGAGUUACAGAAUUGGAAAAAUGUAUUGAAAGGAAGCGUGAUAUCACCCAGGAAUGAGAGACUGAGCCGGAACAUAGCGCGGGUGUUCCUAGCUCAGUACUUACAUCAGAAUCAGGAACUGGUCAACAAAUUUCCUCCCUUUUCCAGUAGGACCAGGAUGGAAAACUUAAUUUUCUCCAUUGUUCAGACUGAGAGAGACAUUCUUCAUUUAACCUGGACAUCUGUGACCUGACCAAUCAGAAGAGGUUAAGAGGCAAUCAGAAAUUUACAGAAUUUUCGACCUGAU